AACCCCGUAAAUUAGACUUUACUGAAAUAAUACAGAAGCAGAUUUGAAUCUUCAAACACAGAAGAACAAGACUUUUAUUUGGCCUACUAAACCCAAAAUCCCUUCUCCUUUCUCUCUCUAUAUAACAUUGUACAUUGCGCGAUCCCUGCAACUCCAUAGCUAUUUUUGUAUUCUGGUCGUAUAGCUUUCCUUUUUGGGUCGUCAUCUAUUUCCUCUUCGGUAUUUGUUGACUUCAGUUCAAACCUCGGGGGGUUAAAGAAGAGGCCGAUCCCCUAUCCAGUCGAGCAGGAUAUUGUGCAUGAGGGUGCCCUUCAAUUGUCCUGGUGAAAGCUAUUGAUAACAAUUCUUUUUUAAACGUAUAAUGUGGGUGUAUGACUGAUUUUGGCUUUCAUUGGGAAGAAAAGAAUGGCACGAGGCAGCAGCAAAAGGGCAAAGAUUCAAUGGAGCAAUCUAUAUACAUUUGGUUGCUAUCGACCACGAACUGAUGAGGAAGAGGGUCCCCAUCAGCUAGGCGCUGGUUUUUCACGAGUAGUCCAUUGCAACCAGCCCCAUCUCCAUGAAAAGAAACCUCUUAAGUACUGCACAAACUACAUAUCUACCACGAAGUAUAAUUUCAUCACAUUCCUGCCCAAGGCCACGUUUGAGCAAUUCAGACGUGUUGCUAACUUGUAUUUCCUCCUUGCUGCAAUCCUGUCAGCCACAACGAAUCUUUCUCCAUUCUCACCUAUCAGUAUGAUAGCUCCUUUGGUCUUUGUUGUUGGGUUGAGUAUGGCGAAGGAGGCAUUGGAAGACUCGCGGCGGUUCAUACAAGAUAUGAAGGUCAAUCUGCGAAAAGCUCGUCUACAUAAGGAAGGUGGUGACUUUGGUCCAAGGCCAUGGAUGAAGAUUCGUGUCGGAGACAUCGUGAAGGUGGAAAAGGACCAAUUUUUUCCGGCUGAUUUGCUUCUUUUAUCAUCAAGUUAUCAAGAUGGAAUCUGUUAUGUGGAAACUAUGAACUUGGAUGGAGAGACAAACUUGAAGGUAAAAAGAGCUUUGGAGGUUACCCUACCAUUGGAUGAUAACGAGGCUUUCAAGGAUUUCAGGGCUACCAUAAAAUGUGAAGAUCCCAAUCCUAACCUUUACACUUUUGUGGGCAACCUGGAAUAUGAUCGUCAGAUUUAUCCUCUUGAUCCUACUCAGAUUCUCCUCAGGGAUUCAAAGCUUAGGAAUACAGCAUAUAUCUAUGGAGUUGUUAUAUUCACUGGUCAUGACAGCAAAGUUAUGCAAAAUUCUACAGAAUCUCCUUCGAAAAGGAGUAGGAUCGAACUUCAGAUGGACAAGAUAAUUUACAUCCUCUUCACCCUCCUUCUCGUGAUAUCAUUUAUGAGUUCCAUUGGCUUUGCCGCAAAAACAAGAUUCAACAUGCCAGACUGGUGGUAUAUGCAGCCUAUGGACAAGAACAAUAAUACAACUGAUCCAAACAGGCCCGAGUUGUCAGCCUUUUUCCAUCUGAUCACUGCACUAAUAUUAUAUGGUUAUUUAAUUCCUAUUUCCCUCUAUGUUUCUAUUGAAGUAGUGAAGGUUCUACAGGCAUUGUUCAUAAACCAGGAUAUUAAUAUGUAUGAUGACGAGACAGGCACUCCUGCUCAAGCACGAACGUCAAACUUAAAUGAGGAGUUGGGGCAGGUUGAUACCAUCCUCUCGGAUAAAACUGGCACUUUGACGUGCAACCAAAUGGACUUCCUAAAAUGUUCCAUUGCUGGUAUCGCAUAUGGGACAAGAGCCAGUGAUGUAGAACUUGCAGCUGCAAAGCAGAUGGCAGAGGACCUCGGUGGGCAAGAUCCUGACAUUUCACAGAGACGGUCAUCAGAAAUUGAACUAGAGAGGGUCGCCACUCCUAGAUGUGAUGUCAGGCCGGCAAUAAAGGGGUUCAGCUUUGACGAUAGCCGACUUAUGAAGGGAAGUUGGAUGAAGGAGCCAAAUGAAGAUAUCAUCUUGCUAUUCUUUAGGAUACUUUCAGUUUGCCAUACUGCUAUUCCUGAGUUAAAUGACGAGACUGGCUGCUACAAUUAUGAAGCAGAAUCUCCUGAUGAAGCAGCAUUUCUUGUCGCAGCUAGGGAAUUUGGCUUUGAGUUCUGUAAAAGAACUCAAUCAAGAGUUAUUAUACGGGAGAGGUAUCCUUCUUUUCAUGAGCCCAGUGAAAGGGAAUUCAAAAUUCUCAAUCUAUUGGACUUCACCAGCAAGCGGAAGAGAAUGUCUGUUAUCGUCCGAGAUGAGAGGGGACAGAUUCUUCUCUUGUGUAAAGGAGCAGACAGCAUCAUCUAUGAGAGAUUAGCAAAGAACGGAAGGAGAUUUGAGGAGGCUACCACGAAGCAUUUAAAUGAUUAUGGGGAAGCAGGGUUGCGUACUCUCGUGCUUGCCUAUAAAAAGCUGGACGAGACAGAGUACUCUGUGUGGAAUGAAGAAUUUACUAAAGCAAAAACUUCAAUCAGCGGUGAUAGAGAUGCCAAUCUUGAACGUCUAUCUGAUUUGAUGGAAAAGGAAUUGAUCCUUGUUGGUGCUACAGCUGUGGAGGAUAAGCUACAGAAGGGAGUUCCUCAGUGUAUAGAUAAACUGGCGCAAGCUGGUCUCAAGAUCUGGGUUCUGACAGGUGACAAGAUGGAAACAGCCAUCAACAUAGGGUACGCGUGUAGUCUACUUCGGCAAGGGAUGAGGCAAAUAUGCAUAACGACGAUGAAUGCAGAAUCAGUGGAAAGAAGCUCUGAACAGACUAUCAAGGAGAACAUUUUGAUGCAAAUCACAAAUGCUUCUCAAAUGAUCAAGCUUGAAAAGGACCCACAUGCUGCAUUUGCCUUGAUUAUUGAUGGGAAAACUCUAACAUAUGCUUUGGAAUAUGAUAUGAAACAUCAAUUUUUGAAUUUAGCAGUCGAUUGUGCAUCUGUGAUUUGCUGUCGUGUCUCUCCUAAGCAGAAGGCCUUGAUUACUAGGUUAGUAAAGGAAGGAACUGGAAAAACCACAUUAGCAAUUGGUGAUGGUGCAAAUGAUGUUGGGAUGAUCCAAGAAGCGGACAUUGGAGUUGGCAUUAGCGGUGCAGAAGGAAUGCAGGCUGUGAUGGCUAGUGACUUUGCUAUUGCACAGUUUCGGUUCUUGGAGAGACUUCUCGUUGUACAUGGGCAUUGGUGCUACAAACGAAUUGCUCAGAUGAUAUGCUAUUUCUUCUAUAAAAAUAUAGCUUUUGGCCUCACACUCUUUUACUUUGAGGCUUUUGCGGGCUUUUCGGGCCAGUCUGUCUAUGAUGAUUCAUACAUGAUUCUGUUCAAUGUGAUUCUUACCUCACUACCUGUGAUCGCGCUUGGAGUAUUCGAGCAGGAUGUGUCUUCUGAAGUUUGCUUAGAGUUUCCAGCACUGUACCAGCAAGGGCCCAAAAACUUGUUCUUUGACUGGUAUAGGAUAUUCGGUUGGCUUGGCAACGGUGUCUACACCUCCCUCAUUGUUUUCUUCCUCAACAUCAUCAUCUUCUAUGAUCAAGCCUUCCGGGCUGGAGGCCAGACUGCUGACUUGACUGCUAUGGGUACUACGAUGUUCACCUGCAUUGUCUGGGCCGUCAACUGCCAGAUUGCACUCACAAUGAGUCACUUCACAUGGAUACAACAUUUUUUCAUCUGGGGAAGUAUUGCCAGUUGGUACCUAUUUCUUUUGAUCUAUGGUAUGAUAGCGCCAGAUUAUUCUAAAUAUGCCUUCAGAAUCCUGGUGGAAGCUCUAGCUCCUGCUCCAGUCUACUGGUGUACCACCCUUUUAGUAACUGUUGUCUGCACUCUGCCCUACCUUGCGCACAUAUCUUUCCAAAGGUUAAUCAAUCCGAUGGAUCAUCACAUUAUUCAAGAAAUCAAAUAUUAUAAGAAAGACGUUCAAGAUCAUCAUAUGUGGACGAGAGAGCGGUCUAAAGCUAGACAGAGUACCAACAUCGGGUUCACAGCAAGAGUAGAUGCAAAAAUUAGGCAGUUGAGAGGGAGGCUGCAGAAAAAGUAUUCCUCAAUGGGUCCUCAAAUUGAGUUAACACAAUCAUAGCUGUGCAUUACUGAUUUUCCUUUCUUUUCUUUUUUCUUAGGGAUUCUCCCCCUUUUUAAUCACAAAAGAAUGUAGGGUUUCGCCAUUUGCAAUUCUUUUGCUGGCGCUUUUUUGACUUGAUUUGUAAAAUUAUUUGUCCAGUGUAGGUCAUUCGUUUGUUCCAAAAUUAGUGUGCACACAGUAUUGUAAAAUACUCAUAUGAUUCACGUAAAGUUUGGGAAAGAAGAUGCAUAUAGUGUUUUAUUGUUCUCAAA